UGUGGGUUCAGUAAAUUUAUUUAGUUUUCUUUUAAUCAUAUAAUACUUUUAAUGCAGGGUUUUCAAUUGCUUGUCUAAUUUUUUUUAUUCUUUUUUAAAAGGUGUGGAAAUUUGUCUAAAAAUGACAUAAUUUCUAGAGAUGUUUGAUUUUCUGAGUUUAUGUCAUUUUGACUUUUUUUUUUUCCCUCUGCCUUUAAUAUUUCCCCACCUUAGGAGAGUAUUAUUUAUACUAUAUAUACCCAAAAUAAUAACAAAACCAACAACCCAAAACACCCUUUCCUUUUUUCUUGGAUUCUCUCUCAUUUCCAAAUAAAGAUAUUAUUCAAUUCACCCAAAUUCUAUUUUUUCUUCAAAGAACUGGAAUUUUCUUGUAAUUCUAUAUAAUUUUUUUUUUUCCUGGGGUUCAGAUUUGUUUAUUUUUCUUUAUUUUCUUACAAAAUUCCAAGAAAUAAGAACAAAAAAAAACUGACCCAAAAUCUUUUAUAUUCUUAAUCUUGCUGCUGAAUCAAACUAAAAACAGCAGUACUAUAAUUACAUACUAGUCUACUAUAACAACUCUCUUUUGCUAAUGAGUUUCACAACUCUGUUCUUUUCUCAGAAACUUGAUGAUUUGUGAUAGAAAUUUGAUAAUCACCUUGAUUAAUUUUCGAAACAAUGAAGUUCAUGAAACUUGGAUCUAAACCUGACACUUUUUAUACAGCUGAAGCUGUUAGGUCUGUUUCCUCUGAAGUCUCUAGUGACCUUGUAAUUCAAGUUCAAGGUCAUAGAUAUUUGCUUCAUAAGUUUCCUUUGCUGUCAAAAUGUCUGCGCUUACAGAAACUGUGUGCAGAAUCCCCUGAAUCAUCUCCGCGCCAAAUAAUCCAACUGCCAGAUUUUCCGGGAGGAAUUGAGUCAUUUGAACUAUGUGCAAAGUUCUGCUAUGGCAUCACAAUCACCUUAAGUGCCUACAACAUCAUAGCGACGCGGUGUGCAGCCGAGUACCUUCAGAUGACAGAGGAAGCAGAGAAAGGAAACUUGAUCUAUAAGCUUGAAGUUUUCCUUAAUUCUUGUAUUCUUCAAGGGUGGAAAGAUGCAAUUGUUACUUUACAGUCAACAAAAGCCUUUCCUAGUUGGUCUGAAGACCUUGGGAUUACUAGUAGGUGUAUAGAAGCUAUUGCUGCUAGGGUCUUAACACACCCUUCUAAGAUUAACCUCUCUCGAACUUACUCGAGGCGAGGUGGUGGUGGUGGUGGUGGUGGUAGAGAUGAUAUUGUUUCUUGUAAUGGUGGUGGUGGUGGAGGUUCAGAGUGCGCGAGGCAAAAGAAUUUAAGCAAAGGGUGGUGGGCUGAGGAUGUUGCAGAGUUAGGUAUUGAUCUGUAUUGGAGGACUAUGAUAGCAGUUAAGUCUGGUGGAAGAGUGCCUUCACACCUAAUUGGAGAAGCAUUGCAAAUUUAUGCUUCUAAAUGGCUUCCUACUAAGCAAGUAAUUCCUGACAUUGAUUCAGAUAAGACAGGAGAGAAAACAUCAAAGUAUAGGCUACUACUCGAAUCGAUUGUAAGCUUGCUGCCUUGCGAAAAAGGUGCUGUAUCCUGCAGCUUCUUACUUAAGUUGCUCAAGGCAGCGAAUUUGCUUAAAGCUUCUCCUUCGUCGAAGAUGGAGUUAGCAAGGAGAGUAGGGAUUCAAAUGGAUGAAGCCAAUGUGAAGGACUUAUUGAUACCGAGUUUAGUGAGUGAAACGCGGUAUGAUGUGGAUAUUUUCAUGGCAAUUUUGGAGCAGUUUCUGUCACAAGGGCAGAGUCCUCCAACUAGUCCUCCUAGGACUAAAGGAAGGUAUGAGAGGAGGAGGAGGUCGAGGUCAGCUGAGAAUAUCGAUAUCGAUUUUCAAGAAAGGAGGAGGUCUUCUUCAGCUUCUCAUAGUUCUAAGUUAAAGGUGGCUAAGAUUGUGGACAAGUAUUUGCAAGAUAUUGCUCGCGACACGAAUUUGCCCUUGUCUAAGAUGGUUGCUAUUGCAGAAGCUAUACCGAGUUUUGCUAGAAUCGAACACGAUGAUCUUUACAAGGCCAUUGAUAUUUACCUAAAGGCACAUCCAGAGCUCACAAAAAGUGAACGAAAACGUCUAUGUCGAGUUUUAGACUGCAAAAAAUUAUCCGUAGAAGCCUGCAUGCACGCUGCACAAAAUGAGCUACUCCCACUCAGAGUAGUAGUCCAAGUCCUUUUCUUUGAGCAAGCUCGAGCAGCAAUGGCAGGCGGUAAAGUCACUGACUUGCCUCCUGAUAUCAAAGCAUUGCUAGCUGCACAAGACGACGAUUCAUCUAGACCACCUGCAGCAUUAAGCACAACAACAACUAUCCCAGGUACCGAAGAUCAGUGGAGUGUAUCAGGCCUUAAAUCACCCAAAUCGAAGUUGUCAACACUUAAAAUGAAGUUAGCUGAGGAUGACUUAGAAGAAAAUGGUAUUGCGAAAGGAUUAAAAUUCAAGAACCUUUGUUCAAUCCCUACUCGGCCUAAACGAAUGUUCAGUAAGUUGUUAUCUAUUAACAACAACAGAAGUGUGGCUGAAAAGAACUGAGGCAGAACACAAAAAAAAUCUCCUUAUUUAAGGGAUGUUUUUUUUUUUUUUUUACAUGACCAAUUAAAUAUUUUGCAUCUAAUGAGAAAGAAGUAUAUUAAGUUAAACCCUUUUGUAAAAUUUAGGCAAAAACAUUAAAAUGUGAAUUGAUUAUUAUGUAGCCUAUUUCAAUAAUGUGAAGAGAAAUGUUUUUAAGGCAUUAGGAGAGAAAAAUAAAUCUCUCAAAGGAUACUCUCAAAAUUGAGGCCACAAAAUUAGGAUUUGGUAGUUGUAAAUGUGUAAGCAUAUAUAUGGGACCAUUAAGGUGGUUGUGUUAUUUAUCCAUAUAUAAUAUAAUAUAUGAAAAUUAUGCCCCUGUCAUUUAUUCUUUUACAAACUUAA